UUCAUCUUCUUCUUCUCCAAAAUUGAUACUUUUCUUCGGGUCAUGUGAGAAGGUCCAAUUUCCUCAGAUCACAACAUUUUCAUCUGAUCUUCUCUUCAACAAAAACCCUAAAAAAAAAAGCCUUGAUUUCAAUUGUGUACUCCGAGACUCCCCAGAGACCUUAAAAGGCUUCAUCUUUUCGUUUCUCUGAUCAAUGAAGAAGGUUCUUCAUCGAAGUUUUAAGCCUGCUAAAUGCAAAACUGCUUUACAAAUGGCGGCUUCACGCCUGAAAAUACUGAAGAACAAAAAGGAUACACAGAUUAAACAAUUAAGGAGAGAAUUGGCUCUAUUGCUCGAGUCCGGCCAAACCCAGACAGCUCAAAUUCGAGUAGAGCAUGUGGUGAGAGAAGAGAAGACAGUGGCUGCUUAUGAGCUUGUUGGUAUAUAUUGUGAACUUCUUGUUGCUCGUUUGGGUGUCAUUGACUCUCAAAAGACUUGCCCUAAUGAUCUUAAGGAAGCUGUGGCGAGUGUCUUGUACGCUUCCCAAAGGUUAACAGAUGUUUCAGAAUUCUCAGAUAUUGUUAAGCAGUUCUCUGCAAAGUAUGGGAAAGAUUUUGUUUCAGCUGCUAUUGGUUUGCAACCGGAUUCUGGUGUCAGUCGAUUGUUGGUGGAUAAAUUGUCUGUUAAAGCUCCUGAUGGUCCAACGAAGAUCAAAAUUUUGACGGAGAUUGCUGCACAGCAUAAUGUAACUUGGGAACCAGAAUCUUUGGUUGAAUCAGAUCCAAAGGAAACCGUAUUAGCGAGUGGAGCAAGUUCUAGUCACUCUCCGUCAACAACUGGAAUAAAGUCGGAGUCUUCAAGAAUCGAAAACGAUCAAGCUCCAGCUACUACUGUCAAUGUGUCGCAGAAUUCAUAUGCCAUGGAUGGAAGAUCUUCAAGCCGCACUACAUCUACUGAUUUCAACAUUGGGAAGACAGCUGACCACUAUCAUCAAGACCCAAAACCGUCUGGAGAUAGAACUGACGGUAGAGAACACAGACAUGCCAAUCCAGGUCAUGGGGAUUCAUCUCCAUGGGAAACAGAAUUUGUUGAUGCAACAAGUGCUGCACGUGCAGCUGCUGAAUCUGCGGAAAGAGCCAGUUUUGCUGCACAUGCAGCUGCUGAGCUUUCAAGUAAAGAACGGAUGAUGGCAAUGCAUAAUUCAACAGAGUCGCUGAACUCAUCCUCUUAUGAUAGUUUAAGAAACAAUCCCCCACAUAGUCGUAGUAGCUCAAAUGUGCAAGGCGGAGGUUUUGGUAAGGAAGAGAUGUUAAGAAGCACUAACAGGCAAGAAGAUCAAUCUACUACUACUAGGGCAGAAUCUUCUAAGAAGACUGUUGAUGAGCUAUCAGAAAAUGCUUCAUGGAGGAGAGGUCAUUCUCAAGAGAACUCAUUGCAGCCAAGUGUGGAUGAUAUAAACGUUAGCAAUUCAGAAGGUGGUCUGCUCAAGAAACAGUCAAGUCAUGCUUCAUCACAUUCGCAGUCAAGCAAUUUAUCUGAUGACUAUGAUGUCACUGCCUCGGACCAUAUCGAUUCACCCAUCUUGGAAAAAGACCGAUUUCAGAGCCCUAUUGAAGAUACAGAGAGUCGCAAUCACGAACCUGAUGUUGUUUUUGCUCCAGCUUUUGAUGACUAUAGCUCGUUUUUCGAUAAACCUCAAUUUGACACUGAGGAUGCUUAUCAUGAUGAACCAGAAGAAGGAUUAGGAUUUUCAUUGCUUGGCAGUAGCAGCAAAAUACCUGAUCAUAUUCCAACAGAGACAAGUUCAUGGAGCUUCGAAGGACACAAGGCUCUGGGACACCCCAGCUCAGCUUCAACCUCACAGGUUCUUGAGAAGGAGAAGCCAAGUUCUCCAAUGUUUGAUGAUGGUCCUACAAGUCCUCCGGUUUCUCUGCAUGAGCCUAAGCCGUCUGCAAUGGUUGAUGACUAUGACCGAGAUUCUGAAAGUGAAGAAGACAAUCUGAAAAACAAAGGAAAUUUGCCGGGACAUGUAGAAGAAAUCCCGAAGCUGAAAUCUCAUAAGUCCCCAAAGUCUAAUGUUCCUGAUGAUCUAGGACGCUACUUUUUCCCCUCAGACACAGAAGACGAAGGAGAUGAUUCCAAGAUACAGGAAGAAUCCGACUCAGAGACUCCUACAGGUCUUAGGAUUGAACCUCUAGCCGGUGAACUUAAGAAUGAAACAACUCUCCCAUCUUAUGGAAUGAGUCCGCCAAGAGACAAGACAUGGUCUAAAUCUGUUAAAGAGCAUGUCCCAACAGUAGUUGAUCCGUCGAUGUCUUCUUUUUUUCAGACAGAAAGGAAAGAACUUAACACUCAGAGAGCAAGCAACGCGGACAAAAGACCAAGCUCUAUACCUCCAGAUUCAUUUUCUAGUGAUGAUGAAUCAGAGACGGAACUUCGUGAGAUGGGUUCUGUCAGAUAUCAAGAUAAAAAAAUUGAGUCAAGAACCCAGCCAACACAUCUACAUUCGCGCGUGAGCCAUGAGGACACGGAGAACAAGAUUCCGACCCGAGUUUCCUCCAGAAGUCAAGAGAGGAGGAUUCACAAGACCACCCCUGCCUCUGCUUCUGCCUCAUAUUUUCACUCAAUAUCCAGUGAAGAUGAAGAUGAGAAAGACUUUGGUAGAGAUUCUGCACGCACCCAAACCAAGCCUUCUAUUUCCAUCUCACGAAGAACAAAGGGCCAAGAGAGACGAUCAUCUCUUGUUACUGCGAAAACUGAGACAGUCUCUCAUGAUCAAGGUUCGCCUCCAAAGCCAAAUCCUGAGGCCAAGCCACUAGCUAAGCAACAGGUAUCAGCCUAUUCUUCAAGCUCUCUUCCAAAAACUGACAGAGCUUCUCACGGAGAAGAAUCUCCUCCAAAGCUAAGUCCUGAGGCCAAGCCACUGGCUAAGCAACAAGGAGCAGCUUCUUCCUUAAGCUUUCUUCCAAAAACCGACAAAGCUUCUCACUAUCAAGAAUCUCUUCCAAAGCCAGGUCUAAAGGCCAAGCCAGCGGCUAAGCAACAAGGAUCAGCUACUAGUUCAAGCUCUCUUCCAGAAACUGAAAAAGUCUCUCGCUAUCGAGAAUCUUUUCCAAAGCCAACUCCAGAGGCUAAGUCGUUGGCUAAGCAAGAAGGGUCAGCUUCUUCAAGCUCUCCUCCCAAAACUGUGACAUCACCUGAGCCAGAAACUCCGGCAAAGGAGAAAUCUAACCAUGUUCAUCCCAAACUCCCAGAUUACGACGACAUAUUUGCCAAGCUUGGGGCUCUUCGUCGCUGAAUUUCUUCUACUUAUUCUUCCCGUCUGUUGAUAUACACAUACUCUCAUUCUUUUCUUUGAUUGUUUGCUUGUAGAGUGAAGUUGAUUUUCGCAUCCUGAGCAUAACCUUUUGCCUUAGGUAUUUCAUUUCUUUUGUAUAACAUGUUUGGCUUCCUUGUCAAAUAUAAUCAGAUUAUUGUCAUCUAUUUUGGUGGACCAACAGCGAUGGUAUAUAAUGCAAUGAUAAAUAACAUGAUUAGAUCGUUUAAUAUAACAACAAAUGUGUUCUCUCAUUGCCAAUUUGUUCAAAGACAAUGCAAGAAAGAUACCAAAACAAAAACCAGAAGAAUAAGAUGUUACAAUUAUCGAAAUUUCAAACUAUUUUGAAUCCUUUUGAUAAUUAUCCGUAACCCUGUCUGCAUAUAUAGAUUAUUCUGAUAGAUAGAUAUGGAAGAACAAAUUUAUCGUCCAAAAGCUGAGCUAAAGAAAAUGUUGUCAUAACAACAAGAUCUUUGAACAUAGCAUUCUUAUCUAAUUGCCAGUUUGAUCAAAGGCAAUAUGCAAGUUACAAAUACUAAAAGCAACAGGGAGAAGGAUCGAAGUUUCAAACUUUUGUUGAAUCCUUUUGACACUAGAAGGUUCUUGCCAAGUGCUAACUUAAGGCUAUUCAGUAAAA